AUGGUACCAAACACCAACAUCGACUCCUGCACAGAUGCACACCUCUCAGCAGAACCCUCUGCCUGCACAGGCCACCCCUCACCCCUUCCCUGCCGCCACCAAGACCUCACUGUCCAGAGCUCCAUCAUGACAGUGGAGUCUCCCCAGCACCUGCAGACUCCCCCGCUGGCGAGCCCCCAGCCCACCCACUCCCAGCCCAUGCAAAGCCAUCCGCCCGUCAUUGCAGCCACCCCACCGGCUCCCAAGACCAGCAAACUGGGCCCCCAGCGGGAGAGCAGCAGGCCCGUGAAGCCCCCAGAGGAGGAGGUACCAUUCCCAGGACAAGAACAGCGAGGCCUCAGAUGCUGCAGCGGUCUCUAUAGGAAGCCCGGGUGCAAGCACGUGGACAUGGAGGCGCUGGGCCUGCGCUCAUCUUGUGACGUCAUCAGGUAUCCCAUGGAGAUGAGCACAAUCACGUGUAAACUAAAGGCCAGGAAGUCUCGAGAUGACUCAGAAUUGGGUGCCCAAGUCCGGUUGAUGUGGUCUAACUGCUCCGGGUCCCACCCUCCCGACCACGAGGCCAUGGCUCGGAGGGUUCAGGACGUCUUCACCGUGAAGCUGGAGAAGCGGCAGGAGGACUCCAAGGCGCGCGGGAUGGCCGUUCCCUCCCGCAGGGGGCCCCCCGGCCCCCCGGCUGCGAACCCCUUGGACAGCAGCCUCCGGGAGAGACCCUCGACCAGCAAGACCAGUAAGACUAAGAGGGAGCCAGCCCCCGAGGUGGUGGAGAUGCGGAAGCAGUUUCAGAUCGUGGAGGAGCAGCUCAUGGCCGUGACGCGGGCCAGGAAGGUCGCAGAAGAGAAGAAAGAGAGAGACAAGAAGGAGAAGAAGGAAAAGGAGGCGAAGACAAAGGAAGCCGAGAAGGCCAAAAGCCUGGCCAAGGAGCUGCUUCCCGCCAGUGCCAAGGGCAGCCGCAGCAGCAGCAGCAGUAGCAGCAGCAGCAGGACGAGCGAGAAGCAGCGUGAGUUCCGGCAAAAACAAUCCCUGGCGCCCCAGCAACAGAAGACCACGCUGGCGGAGUCCCUGGCCAGGGACAGAACCCGGUACAUGACCCGCAAGGACAAGUGCCAGCUGGCCCGGGACCUCAGCAAGCUCCCCGAAAAGAAGCUGGGCGGCCUGGCGCGCAUCCUCCGCUCCCGGGAGCCCAAGUUCAAGAAGAUCAGCAACAACAGGAUGGACGUGGACUUGGGCACCCUGAAGCUGUCCACGCUGUGGGAGCUGAAGGACUACCUCGCGUCCUGCUUGCAGAAGACGGAGAAAGCCGCGGCCGGGCCAGCGGACGCGGUUGCCAGCACCUCCGGGUUGGGGUCGCAGUCCAUUUCGCAGACGCAGACGCAGUCGGAGUCCGAGUCGGAGUGGGAGUCCACCAGCUCCGAUGACUCCUAG